AUGAGCCUUCUACGCCCCCAAUUGACACGCAACUGGGUUCGACAUUGUUCUCAACCUUCAGCUCGAUGUUUUCACCAAUCGCGCGUCUCUCUUGGGGCCAUAGCACCCACCAAUCCUUUACGUGCCGUAGCUGCUCCUGCGGUUGGCUCAUACGCCCUCAAAGACGGGGAGCACGUCUUAAAAUCACCCUCAGAACUGGCUAGAAGAAUAUCAGCCAAAGUCCUCCCAAAACUGCCACGACCUGACGUUCAGAAAGUAGUGGUUGUCGGUAGUGGAGGUCUCUCCAUCGGGCAAGCCGGAGAAUUCGAUUAUUCUGGCUCGCAGGCAUUAAAGGCAUUGGGCGAAGAGGGCGUGCAGGCAGUGCUAAUCAAUCCUAAUAUUGCGACUUGGCAGACGUCUCACCAACUGGCUUCCGAGGUUUACUUUUUACCCAUUACUGCUGAUUACGUUGCAUACGUUUUGGAAAAAGAACGACCAGAUGGUAUUCUUCUGACUUUCGGCGGCCAGAGUGCUCUGAAUGUUGGUAUUGCAUUGGAUAAAAUGGGUGUUCUGGAACGAUUAGGCGUUCAAGUCCUCGGUACACCUAUCAAGACACUAGAAGUUUCGGAAGAUCGUGAUCUAUUCGUCCAGGCUCUCAAAGAUAUCUCAGUGUACCCGACAGAAAUUGAUAUACCGGUUGCUCAAUCCACGGCAGUUUCAUCAGUCAAUGCUGCCCUCGCUGCCGCAGAAACAAUUGGUUAUCCUGUCAUUCUUCGAUCUGCGUUUACUCUCGGCGGAUUAGGCUCAGGGUUUGCAAACACCCCCGAUGAAUUGCGCGACCUUUCCGCGAAAAGUCUUAGUCUGAGUCCCCAGGUACUGAUAGAACGAAGUAUGAAAGGCUGGAAAGAAUUGGAAUAUGAAGUCGUUCGGGACGGUGCUGAUAAUACAAUCAUCUGCUGUAACAUGGAAAAUUUUGAUCCCCUUGGCACACAUACUGGUGAUUCUAUCGUGGUCGCUCCCUCCCAAACCCUUCCAGAUGAUGAGUAUCAUAUGCUUCGGACUGCUGCUCUCAAAGUUAUUCGCCAUCUCGGUGUCGUUGGAGAGUGUAACAUCCAAUACGCCUUGAAUCCGAAAUCCAGGGAAUACUGUGUGAUUGAAGUUAACGCUCGCCUAAGUCGAUCAAGUGCCCUUGCCUCCAAAGCUACAGGCUAUCCCCUUGCUUACACAGCAGCCAAGAUAGCUCUGGGGUACACCUUGCCGGAACUUCCCAAUGCUGUCACCAAGACUACGACUGCUUGCUUCGAGCCUUCCUUGGACUAUAUCGUUACCAAAAUUCCAAAAUGGGACUUGGCCAAAUUUUCUUCGCAGGUGAACCGUCAAGUUGGUUCAGCUAUGAAAUCCGUUGGAGAAGUCAUGGCCAUCGGUCGUACUUUCGAGGAAAGUCUUCAAAAAGCUAUCAGACAAGUUGAUCCCCGCUGGAAAGGUUUUGAGGUUUACAUUGAGCCCGAGGAUUUGGAUAAUGCUUUGACUCAGCCUACCGAUAUGCGCCUGUUCGCUAUUGCGUAUGCCAUGUACAGGAAAAACUACACGAUAGAUCAACUCCACGACUUGACCAAGAUUGACAAGUGGUUUUUGUACAAGGUCGACAACAUUGUUCAAACCCAUCACACCCUCAAGGCGGCUGGGUCGCUUGAAAAUAUCGAUGCUGAGCUCAUGACUCGUGCGAAGCGUAUGGGCUUUGCUGACACUCAAAUUGCUGAUCUGGUGUCUUCAACUGAGGAUCAGGUUCGUGCGCACAGGAAGUCAUUCGGUAUCACACCCUUUGUCAAAAGGAUCGAUACCCUUGCUGCAGAGUUCCCCGCACACACAAACUACCUCUACACCACCUACAACGCCUCCGAGCACGAUGUUGAAUUCGAUGAACAUGGCACCAUGGUCCUUGGUAGCGGUGUUUACCGUAUCGGAAGCAGUGUCGAGUUUGAUUGGUGUGCUGUGACAUGUGCGCGAAAGCUAAGAGACAUGGGUAAACGUACCAUCAUGAUCAACUAUAACCCGGAAACUGUGUCCACCGACUUCGAUGAGGCCGACCGGUUGUACUUCGAGGAACUUGGAUACGAAAGAGUGAUGGACAUCUACGAACUUGAACAAGCUCAAGGUGUCAUCGUCAGCGUGGGGGGCCAGCUCCCGCAGAACAUUGCUCUUCGACUCAAGAAGACAGGCGUAAAUGUACUUGGCACCGACCCAGAGCAAAUUGACAAUGCUGAAGACCGACACAAAUUCUCCUCCGUGCUUGAUAGCAUUGAGGUAGACCAGCCUGAGUGGACAGAAGUAACAACUGUCGCUGCUGCUAAACAGUUUGCCGACAAAGUCGGAUACCCCGUGUUGAUUCGUCCCUCUUACGUCUUAUCCGGCGCUGCCAUGAAUGUUGUUCAUCAAGAAUCAGACCUCGAUUACAGGCUCUCCGCUGCUGCCUCCGUGUCCCCUCUCCAUCCAGUUGUUAUCACGAAAUUCAUUGACGAUGCUCAAGAAAUCGAUGUUGAUGCCGUUGCACACCAGGGCAAGCUGUUGGUCCAUGCUGUAUCUGAACACGUUGAGAACGCUGGAGUUCAUUCCGGAGAUGCCACCCUUGUCCUUCCACCCUUCUCCUUGUCCGAAAGCGACAUGUCCCGUCUCAAAGUCAUUGCUGAAAAGGUCGCUUCCGCUUUCAAGAUUUCCGGACCUUUCAACAUGCAGAUCAUUAAAAAAUCCAGUGCAGCGAACGAACAAGCGGAGCUUAAGGUUAUUGAAUGUAACUUGCGCGCCUCACGGUCAUUCCCAUUCGUAUCCAAGGUUCUCGGUCGCAACUUCGUUGAUACUGCUACUGCUGCUAUUGUGGGUCAAGACGUUCCUGAACCUGUUGACCUUAUGGCGCAGAAGAGGGAUUACACUGCUAUAAAAGUGUCGCAGUUUUCAUGGACUCGACUCCCAGGUGCUGACCCCUUCUUGGGAGUGGAGAUGGCUAGUACAGGGGAAGUUGCCAGUUUCGGAAAAGACAUACACGAAGCCUAUUGGGCAUCUUCCUUGAGCACGACUGGGUUUAAAGUACCCAGCGCUGGUUCUGGUAUGCUCUUGGGUGGUGACAUAAAUAAACCCGAGAUGAUUUCUGUUGCGAAAAAACUGUUCGAGUUGGGAUUCAAACUCUACUGUUCAUCACCAGUUGUCGAAGAAUUCUUGAAUGAUAUCCCAUACAUCUCAGCCAAACGUAUCUUCUUCCCCACCAAGGACAAGAGAAAGUUGCGUGAGGUAUUCGACGAAUAUGACAUUCAAUGUGUCAUUAAUCUCGCCAAUUCUCGAGCUACGUCCUUUACGGACGAAGAUUAUGUCGCCCGACGAAAUGCUGUUGAUUUUGGGUUACCGUUGCUCAACAAUGCUCGUAACGCUCAACUAUUCGUCGAAAGUCUGGCGAGAAAAAUACCCCACGGUGGCCUGAAAGGCUACGUUGAAGGCCGUAUACCCUCGGAAGUGAAGUCAUGGAGAGAAUUUGUUGGCUCGCGGGUUUAA